AUGCAGGGAUGGAGAAUCGCCAUGGAAGACGCCCAUGCUGCCGUGCUAGACCUCCAGGCCAAAUACACAGACCUCGACAGGAGCAGCAGCAGCAGCAGCAGCCACCACGGUGCGGGUGGUGGCCCGACGCCGGCGGACAAGCGGUUGUCCUUCUUUGGCGUGUACGAUGGCCAUGGCGGGGAGCAGAUGGCCCUGUAUGCGGGCGAGAACGUCCACCGCAUCGUGGCCCGGCAGGAGUCGUUUGCCAGGGGGGACAUCGAGCAGGCUCUGCGGGACGGCUUUCUCGCUACUGACCGGGCCAUCUUGGAGGGUCUUGUUUUUUUUUUUUUUUUUUCUCUUUUUUUUUUUCCUCUUUUUCACUCUCACACACACACGCACACCCACAAUCUCCCCUACCGCUGUUUUUACCUGGACCCCCAGUAUGAGAAUGAAAUCUCUGGCUGCACAGCAUCCGUGGCCAUAGUGUCAAGAGACAAGAUCAGAGUGGUGCGUCAUCUUUAUAUCCUGACUGGUAUUAUAUUCCUACUCACAUCUGGUAGGCCAACGCGGGAGACUCCAGAUCUGUCCUCGGUGUCAAGGGGCGGGCCAAACCGCUCUCCUUUGACCACAAGCCACAGAACGAGGGUACGCUUCUAUUUCUACUUUGGUUGCUCUUCCUCGUCUAACUCUCUGUCUGCAGGAGAAAAAGCGCGGAUAAGUGCUGCAGGAGGGUUCGUCGACUUUGGCAGAGUCAAUGGCAACCUCGCCCUCUCCCGGGCCCUGGGCGACUUUGAAUUCAAGCGCGCCGCAGACCUCUCCCCCGAACAGCAGAUUGUCACCGCAAACCCGGACGUUACAACCCAUGAAGUCACCGAAGACGACGAGUUUCUCGUCAUUGCAUGUGAUGGCAUAUGGGACUGCCAGUCGUCGCAGGCGGUGGUAGAGUUCGUCAGAAGAGGCAUUGCGGCCAAGCAGGAGCUACAUCGCAUCUGCGAGAACAUGAUGGACAACUGUCUCUCCUCAGACCCAGAGACCGGCGGCCUCGGCUGCGACAACAUGACCAUGGUCAUCGUCGGCCUGCUGCACGGCAAGACCAAGGAGGAGUGGUACAACACCAUUGCAGAGCGCGUGGCCAACGGCGACGGGCCCUGUGCUCCCCCUGAAUACGCCAGCUUCCGUGGCCCAGGCGUGCGUCCUCAGUUCAACGAAGGCUCAGACUAUGACUCGGCUGGCCCCGCCGGCCGGUCAGGCAGAAUCAUCCUGCUUGGAGACGGCACCGAGGUGCUCACCGACAUGGGUGACGAGGAGAUGUUUGACAGCGCAGACGAAGACAAGGACCUAGAGAGCCAGGUCCGGAGAACCACCGACGCUGAUGCUGACGCUGACGAAGCCGGCGAGACCAACGACGCCGCCGAGACUGAACGGAGGCAGCAGCGAGAAGGCACGCCGGGUCCCCAAUCGACUUCAUCAAACGCAAACGCCAAUUCCGUUGACUCGGCUUCGGUUUCAACGUCUGCUACCUCUGCUCCUAUUGCUGCCCUGACGGAAUCCCCGCGUGUCAUCUCAGCCUCCCCCUUACCAACCGCCGACUCAUCCCCGAACUCCGUCUCAGAUACCAAACGGUCGUCGUAG